CGAUGUCUGUCCAAUUUUACUCAAAUACGAGUGCUUCCAGUCUUGGAUUGGUCUUUAUUUUUAAUUUUACGUUUUUUUCGAAAAGAAAUCGAGAAAUGACACGAAGAAAUGGCUCUAUUAAUGACAAAAACUCAUUAAAAAAUCUUUUUUGCACACUUGGCUUCGAUGAAAAGGACAUUCACGUAAAAGAGGACAUGCCUAAACGGGAUUUUUUCCUUUGUCUUCACAGCAUUAUGAACUACACUCGUUUCACCAAAUACCGUUCAUUAUGGAUUUUUAUUAUGACUCACGGUGUCGAAAAUGACUUUUUAUAUGCAACUGACGGUCCCUUUCACAUCAGCGAGAUACAAACAGCUUUAUCCUCAGACACCAAUUGGACUGGAAUCCCCAAAAUUUUGAUUAUUCAAGCGUGUCGCGGUGCUGAAACAGACGAAGGACUUCCCAUAACAGCUAAUUUUUGCGACGGAAGACCUAGCAACGUACAAACUGUCGAUUAUAACAUCCCAACGACGAGCGAUUUACUCUUUUUUCAUUCUACGUGGCAAGGCACAGCGUCAUAUCGCACAAAAACUGGCGCGCCGUUCGUUCAUUAUUUCGUCGAGAACAUGCAAAGACACUUUUUUACCGAUGAUGUCGUCCGAAUUUUCACAAAAGUCUGUCGGGAUGUCGCUUUUAACUUUAGCGGAGUCACGCAUUCGCCGCAAUUUAUGAUAUUAAAGCAGAUGCCGUGUUUGGAACAUUCGCUCAUGUAUAAAUUGCACUUUGGACGAGAUCGGGAUAUAAAAAGUGAUGAAAAAAUUCAACUGGAACGAUAUAAAAUGGAAAAUUCGCAACGUGGAUUUGUUCUUUUUUUCUACCAAAAGGAUUAUUCGCAGCAAGGAAUGUGCGAUCGACAAGCUGAUGGAGAUAUUGAGCGUUUAACUGACUUAUUUAGCAAUUUCGGGUACGAUAUUCGUGUGGAAAUGGACAAAACUGCGAAUGAAGCACGAGAAAUCUUGAAAAAUAUCGCAAAUGGAGACUUUACGGAGGUUCAUUCGAUCAUCGUCAUCUUCAGUGGUCACGGAGUGAACGGCAAAUUAUUUUUCAAGGAAGAUUUUCUUUACACGAAGGAGAUUUGGGAGCCUUUUACUGAAGCAAAAACUCUCAUUGGCAAGCCAAAAUUAUUUUUUCUCUCGGCAUGUCGUGGAUUUUCGCACGAUAAAGGCACUCAAGGAGAUUUACAACUUCCAACUGAACUCGAAAUUUGCCUAAAUGAUGACGAAAUUGCAACAGAUUUUGAAGCACCGCAAAAGGGACCUCUUGUAAUCCCGAAAAAAGCUGAUAUUUUGGUUGUUUUUUCGUCUGCUGCGGAUUACGUUAGCAUCGUAGACCUCAAGGAAAAGGGAACUUUUUUCCUUUUAGCUCUCUAUAAUGAAUUCCAUUCACUCGCCAAGGAAGAAAAUAUCAUGGACAUCUUUUAUCGCGUCAAUCAAAACCUCGCCAAGCGAAUUACGAAAGAUCUGAAGGCGGAAAAGCAAAUGUCUUUUGUACUUUCGUCUCUCACGAAAGACCUUUAUUUUACCCCAAAGAGUUCUUAGCAAUUUUCCCAAUUUUUUUUGAAAGCCGGGGAUCGAUAUUAAUAUUUUUGAUAGCUUCAAAUUUAAAAAUUCUUAUAUUUCUUCUUUUAUAAACGUAAUUUUUCAGUUUUAAAACUCAAAAGAGACUCAUUGUUAUAUCAGUAUUUGAGUAAUUUUUAAGAGUUGUAAGCAUUUUUAGACUGAAAUUUACAAAAUUCUUACAUUUUAAGCCGCUGCAAAUGAAAAUUAAAAAUAAAGUCCGAUGCCCCAUUUAAAAAGUUGAAAAUUCAAUGGGGCAAAAUAAAUAAAAAAAAAAAGUUGAAAAAUUACC